GUUAAGGCUUCCCCUCUCAUCCCAGAGCACAGAAUCCUGGGUUUCUCCAGAACAACAUUCAGACAGAGCAGGCUCCAGUGGUCAUCACGAUGCCCGUCCCUGCCUCCCCGCCCUGCCUGCCUCUGCCAUCCCUGCUGCUGCCUCUGCUGCUGGGACUCACAGGAGCAGCAGGUGAGCAGCUGCAGGUGAUUCAGCCUGAGAAGUCACUAUUGGUGGCAGCUGGAGAGACGGCCACUCUGCGCUGCACACUGACCUCCCUGCACCUCGUGGGGCCCGUCCAGUGGUUCAGGGGCACAGGGCCAGGCCGGGAGUUAAUCUACAGUUUCAAAGGAGGCCACUUCCCCCGAGUCACAAAUGUUUCAGACAACACAGAGAGAAACAACAUGGACUUUUCUAUCCACAUCAGUAACAUCACUCUAGCAGACGCUGAUAUCUACUACUGUGUGAAGUUCCGGAAAGGGAGCCCUGAUGUGGAGGUUAAGUCUGGACAAGGCACCAGGUUGUUUGUUGGUGGCACCAGGAUAUUUGUGCGUGCUAAGCCCUCUCUUCCCGAGGUCUCUGGCCCUUCCAACAGGGCCAGCCCAGGCCAAGGAGUGAAUCUAACCUGCACGUCAACUGGCUUCUUUCCCAAAAACAUAUAUCUGAAAUGGUUUGAAAAUGGAGUGGAGCUUCCAGCCCUUCAGACUGACAUCUUCCCACCUGGAGACGCUUUCUCUUACACCAUCGUCAGCACCACCCUGGUGACUCUUGCCUUCUCCUCACUCCACUCCCAGGUCACCUGUCAAGUGGCUCACAGUGAAUUGCAGAGCCCCCUCAGUAGCCAUGUGAACAUCUCCAAAUUCCUCCAAGUUGUACCCACAGUGAACAUAUCGACACACCAUGUCCCAAGUCUCCAGGCGGUCAUCCUCAUCUGCCACGUGCAAAGGUUUUACCCUGAUGGCAUACAAAUCACCUGGCUGCAGAGGAACAGAUGGUCCAGAACCUGUGAGUCCUUCGCCCCCACCAAGAACCCAGAUGGCACACUCAGCCAAGACUGUCAUAUCCUGCUGAAUGCCUCAGAAGACCAAAGCCUAUUCACCUGCCAAGUGGAACUUGAGGCUCAGACACUGGUCCAGGCCAGCGUGCAGCUUAGCGAAUUUAGAGAAAUUCAAGCAAGUUUGGUCACAGGCGCCAGAGAAUGCAGCUCCCUCUUUGGGACCCUCCUCCUGCUUGGCUGGAAGUUGUUUGCCCUGACUGCACUUUCCAUCAUCUAUGUCCUCAGGAGGAGCCUCCUUUCCAGGUUAAGGCACUGCAAUCCCCUCCUCAGCAACAUAGGACCCAGAGCUCCCUCCCAACCUUUUCAGGAGGACUGACCCAGGAGGGAUAUUUGCUAUGACGCCAGUACUGCUAUGCCAGCUUCUCCUGCUUCAUCAGCCUUCUGAGACCUGUCCAUCACUGGCUUCCCCUCCCUGUCUCCUGCAGCCCCCAGAGCAGGUGACAGCCUUGGACCAGGAAGGUCAGUAGUGAGAGGUGGGCUCUCACAUCCUAUGCAGGAAAGAAGUUUCUCUCAAGAUUCAGGGCAUGAAGUCCAUGACACUGAGCAAGAAACCAGCAGAGGCAGGACAGGCUCCUGCCCAGGGGGAGACACACACUUGCCGUUCUGAAAGCCCCUGCCUGGCUCCUCAAGGAAAGCACACUGUGGGCACCCAAGAUCUGCCACAUAAACUUUAUGGCCCCGUCGUUCAAAUGGGGUUAAAGGAAACACUUGUGGCCAAUAAACAUGUGAAGAGGUAUCCAAUCUCAUCACCAGUCAUGAAAAGCCAAAGCCAAACCACACUGAGACGCCAUUUUGUCCCUAUUCAAACAGCAAAA